AUGAGUCACAAUUUGGCUGGCAUGCCUUCCUACAGGCUACAAGGGCCAGGUUUGGGUCCACCAGACUUUAAACCCCCUAUGGAUACUCCUACACCACCAGCCCCGGCACCAAGUAAUCCCAAAAAGAGGAGAAAAACAUCAAAUGCCAACAACGCCUUAACAACACAACAGCCUACACCGACAGUACAAGAUUUACUGCCUCCUCCAUUAACAGGAUAUGGUGAUACAAUUGUUGCCUCAAAUCCUUUUGAUGACUCUCCCUCAACAGUAUCACAUAAUGGUCCAAUGAUGAGUCAAAACGGACCUAUGAUGAACCAAAAUGGACCAAUGGGUAUGAUGGGCCCUAUGCAUAGUAUGGGUGGUCCGCCUAUGAGACAUAUGAGUCCGUUACCACAUAACAUUAGCCCAAUGAACCAACAAAUGCCACCGAGAGGUGGUAUCAGUCCAAUGGGUAAUAUGAGCCCAAUGGGUCACAUGGGAGGCAUGUCACCUAUGGGAGGUCCCAAUAUGGGCAUGAGUAAUCACAGCAUGGGUCCCGGCAUGAGUGGAUCGAGGUCUAUGGGAAGUCCAAUGAGUCCUAUGAACUCUAUGCCAAUGGGAUCUCCUAUGUCAACUGGACCCAUGGGCAGUCCGAUGAAUAUGGGAUCAAUGGCCGGAAGUCACAUGAGUAACAGUCCAAUGGGUCCUCCAAUGCAUAGUCCCCUAGGGGCAGGGUCGAUGAAUGGCCCAAUGAAUGGACCCAUGGGGGGAGGAGGACCAGGCAUGAAUGUUCCACGUAUGAAUGGUCCUAUGGGGCCUAAUUGUUCAAAUGGUACAAUGGGUCCUAGUAGCUCCAUAAUGUCACCUAGUCCUAUGCAGAAUAGUGGUAUGGGGCCUGGACAUUGCGGACCUAUGCGACAUGGCAGCCCGAUGGGAACAGGAAUGGGGAGUGGCCCAAUGGGUGUAAAUGGGCCUAUGAAUUCAAUGGGCCCUGGCCCCCCAUAUUCAGGCAAUCAUAUGGGCCAUGGUGGCCCAAUGGGAAUGGGGGGAAGUGGAUCAAUGGGAAUGGGUCCAGGACCUGGAAGCAUGGGAAAUUGUGGACCUCUGGCUGGAAUGAGUGGAAUGGCAAUGGGAGGACCUGGCAGCCAAGGACCCAUGGGACAAGGCAUGGGUAUGUUUGGCCCAAAACCAAUGCCUGUCAGUGCUGGCAAAGUAUAUCCCCCCGAUCAACCUAUGGUGUUUAAUCCACAAAAUCCAAAUGCACCACCAAUAUAUCCUUGUGGUGUAUGUCAUAAAGAAGUACAUGAUAAUGACCAAGCAAUUUUAUGUGAAUCUGGAUGCAACUUUUGGUUUCAUAGGGGAUGCACAGGUCUUACAGAACCUGCAUUUCAACUGCUGACUGCAGAAGUAUAUGCUGAGUGGGUUUGUGACAAGUGUUUACACUCUAAAAACAUACCUCUUGUAAAAUUCAAGCCAUAG